AUGGACUCAGAAGAGACAAUUAAUUUGGCAGUAAAAUAUGCAAAGGACGCAGUUGUAGAAGAUGAAAAGAAAAAUUAUAAAGAAGCCUUAAAUUUAUAUAUACAAAGUUUGCAAUAUUUUAAUUAUUUUUGCAAAUAUGAAAAAAAUGAUAAUAUUAGAGAAUUGAUUUUAAAAAAAAUGGAAGUAUAUAUUACUAGGGCUGCAGAUUUAAAAGAAAUUAUUAAUAAAAAAGAGACAAUAGAAACAAAAGAAAAGGUUGGUGCUUCUGAAGAAGCAAAAGAAAAUAUGAAAAAACAAAUAAAAGAUUUUAUAUUAAAUAAAGAUCAAAAUGUAAAAUGGUCUGAUGUAUGUGGUUUAGAAACAGCAAAAGAAAUAUUAAAAGAAGCAGUCAUAUUCCCUUUAAAAUUCCCAAAAUUAUUUAAUUCAUCCGCACUACCAUAUAAAGGUAUAUUAUUAUAUGGCCCACCAGGAACAGGAAAAACAUUUCUAGCAUUAGCCUGCGCUAAUGAAUGUAAUAUGAAUUUUUUUAAUGUAUCAUCUUCUGACCUUGUUAGUAAAUAUCAAGGAGAAAGUGAAAAAUACAUUCGAUGCUUAUUUGAUACAGCUAAAGAAUAUUCACCAGCAAUUAUUUUUAUCGAUGAAAUUGAUUCUUUAUGUGGAUCAAGAACAGACGGUGAAAACGAAUCGACGAGGAGAAUAAAAACAGAAUUUUUAAUAAGUAUGAGUGGGUUGAACAAUUAUAAAAAUAAUAUUAUUGUUAUGGGUGCAACAAAUACGCCAUGGUCUUUGGAUAGUGGUUUCAGGCGAAGAUUUGAGAAAAGAAUUUACAUCCCUCUUCCAAAUUUAUAUGCAAGAAUGAAAAUAUUUGAAAAAUAUAUUAAUAAAGCGAAAUCUAAUGACCAAAACGAGGAAAAUAAUGCUAUGUCUCAUAAUAUUACUAAUGAAGAUAUUAAAAAUUUUGCUAAUAUAACUGAAAAUUAUACUGGUGCUGACAUCGACAUUAUUUGUAGAGAUGCUAUAUAUAUGCCAGUAAAGAAAUGUCUUCUUUCAAAAUUUUUUAAGCAAGUCAAAAAAAAUAAUAAAAUUUAUUAUAUGCCAUGUUCUCCAGGGGAUCCUGACCCCACAAAAAUUGAAAAAAAUGUAAUGAGCAUAAAUGAAAAUGAAUUAUUAUUACCGCCCUUGAGUUUGCAAGAUUUUAAAAUUGCUAUAUCUAAUUCAAAGCCUUCUUUGUCAUUGGAUGAUUUAAAAAGGUAUGAAGAGUGGACAAAUCUUUACGGAAUGAGUGGUAUUUAA